CUAAUCUCACAUUUGUCAGACAAUUCAGUGCUGUGAAGAUUGAUCUCAAGCUUCCACAACCUCAUUAAAGCUCAUCGCAUUUUGAGGGAACUCAAGGUACUAAUACAAAUAUGAAAGUUGCUGUUCUUUUGGUUUGCCUUAUUGGCCUGGCCUGCGCUUUUCCUUCAAAAUCAUCUGAGUCCUCACAUCAGGAAUCAUCUUCAAGCGAAAGUGUCAGCAAAUCAGAUUCUGACUCCUCCUCUUCCUCGUCAGAGGAAGUUACUGCUGCUGGUCCUACUGACGGCCCUCAGAAUGAGCCAACACCUGAUGCACAACCCACCCCAGGAACAGAAAAUGCAAGGGGUGACAGUGUACUAAGCCGCAGAAGACGUAGUGCUAGUUCUUCUCAGACACAGUCAUCUGAAAGUCAUGAGAGUGCAACUACAGAGAGUGUCAGCUCAGAGAGCUCUGAAGAAACCACCGUUGCUCCAGAUACAUCUGAAGAAAGCUCAGAGGAGAAAACAAAAAUCCCCCCUACUGCCCAGGCCUAAACACAGCCAUCACUACAUUAUAAUAGUCACAUUAACUUUAAUGUCCUCCAGCGCCCUCUGCUGUCUUGUUUGUGAAAAUACUGUCCUCUGAUCACCUUUUUAAGAAUUCUCCCAAUAGUACCAGGUCCAUAGAUAACUUAAACUGAUAAAAGACAGAACCAAUGAUAUUGCUGUCAGAUAAACCAAACUUCUUACCUUAAACAGGUUUAUGAGCACAGGAUCAAGCAGAUUUAUGUCAUUCUACUGAGGUAGAAUACCCUUCUUUGUAUUAAAUUACAUACUUUUUGUGCACAUAGAAUUUUUAAUGAAAUGACAAAAACUUAGAGAUCAGGUGCACACUCAAUAUUGUAUUGUUGGAUAAUUGAAACAUUUAACAUUUUAUAUUUAUCUGCUUUUUCUGGAAGCUAUACUUUAUUUAUGAAGACAUUUUUACUAAAUUGUACUACAACUAUGUUGUCAGUAACUAGAUUGAUUAUUCUAUAUGAAAAAUUGUUCCUCUUCAGUGCAAAACAUGCUAUAUAUUCCUCUACCCAUAAUGCAUAAUUGUUAAACUUUUACUGGAUAAAAUUAAUUGGGAUUUGUUUAUGCUAAAAAAAUAUCACUUUCUUACAGUAUAAAAUGUAUAUGCAGCUGCUGAUACAUAACUUACUUCAUUUAUAGACUACUAAAAAGGAACACACAUGCAAUUUCUGAUGUUUUAUUGUAUUUUUGCAGCCAAUCUUUCUAUUGCAUGCACUAAUACUUGAUUGUAUUUUGUAAUUAACUGUAAAAAUAGAUUAUAUAUUCUUUUUUGUUUCACAGUACAAUAAAGUACACUUUUCUGAUAUGCAUCUCAUAGUAUAACACUUUUUUGUUGUCUUAAUUUUGUGUCUAAUAAAAAGUUAAAUCACAUA